UUUUCUAACCUGACUUCACCCGUCUCUUAGGUUUCCCUUUGGCUGGUGCCCUAAGCCCACCACCUCCAGGGGCCUGGGUCACCCCGUUCCCUACUCACCCGACUUCCUGCGUCUGCUCUGACCCCGGUGUCGGACGAGGAGGACGAGGGGCAGCAGGACGAAGGCCACCGAGACCCCAAUCAGGACGUUCAGGGCUCAGGCUGGAGUGGGCAGCGGGCCUCUGCAGGCUGCCGUGUCCCUGGACUCAGCCCCUCCCAUCUUCCAAGCCAGCAGGCGCGUCUCUCCUUCUUCUGCUUCCGAGUCCCAUCGUCCUUGGCUCUGAUCCCUCUACCUCGCUCCUUCACUCAUCAAGACCUCGGUGAAAACAAUUUCUGCGCGUCAUAAACCCCAAAUGUGAGCUCCAGACACGGUCCAAAUACGCCAUCAAGUGCCGAGAGCCUGAUGCUGGCUUUCGAGCUGGACGGUCAGAAGAUCAAUGGUUCCUGCCCAAGGUGGGCCGAGCCAAAUCACAUGCGCCCUAAAAGCAGAGGACCUUUUCUGGCUGGAGGGAGGAGGGAGAUGGGGCAGGCCUGCAAAUCAGGGACACCUGAAGCAUAAGAGGGGCUCAACUUACCGUUGCCAGAGGACAGACACAGGGAAAACACCAGAAGGAUGCAGGCAGCCUCUUGGAACAGACCAGCCCCCAGCUGACAGCUUAACAGGAUCUUAGUUCCUAGACCAGGGAUCGAACCUGUGCCCCCUGCAGUGGAAGCACGGAGUCUUAACCACUGGACCGCCAGGGAAGUCCCUGGAUUGUUGUCACCUUUUGUCUCUGUCCCACUCCUUCAAGAUUCAGGUCAAGCCACACCUCCUUGUUAUCUAUGAAACUAACUCUCUCCCUCUCUGGCCCCAGCAUCCCAGCCCCAGCGCACAGCGGAGCCAGCCUCCUCCCCGGGGCCUCUACCUCCCCCAGGUCAGGCCCUCUGGCACACUGGCUGCCGAGGGAUCUUUCUCACACCCACAUCUGACUCUUCUUGUCGCCGCUAGGCACUGGCACUCGGUGAUGUAAUGACCUUUCUGUGGACGAGUAGCUCCAGGCAGGGAUAUUCAUCCAGGGAACUCUCCAAAGCAGGGUGAGAGCUGCCCCUCCGAGGUCACAUCCAUCCUUUUGCAUCCAUCCUUUUGCUGGUCUUACUGCCUGACCUUGUCUGUUUUUCUCUCUCUCUUUCAAGCCCACACAUACUCCCUCAACAGCUGCAAUCUGGAAGAAAUUAUUCUUCUACACAGCCAGACUUCCCCAGUUUCAGGAAAUUCCAGGCUGGCAGGGGGAGGGGCCGAGCUGGGGGCCGCCCUGUCCAUCCAUCCAUCCCCCGCCCCGUCUGCCGUGUUCUCUGGGCGGGCGCACACCCAGUGCCAGCCUCCUCCCCUGGCCCACACUCAGCCCGGAGGGGCCUCAGCUUUUCCACCGCUACUUCCUAGUCCUUUAAAUCCUAGAGGCAAACUUUUGGGGGAUAAGGAAGGCUGGGAGGGACCUACGCCUUAACCCUCUCUGCCCCAGACAGACUGAGCUGCACUGGGCGUGACUCUGCGCCCCUUUGGGCUCCUACCAUGGCCCCCGAGAGGGGCUGACACUUCAGAUCCCGGUGCAGGUGAGAUCCCGCCCGGAGGAAGAAGGAAGAAGGCGCGGGCCUGGGACUGGGAGGCGGAGGCGAACCAAGAAGACGGGGUUCCCAGCUUGAGCCGGAGCCUGAGAGUUUGCCUGCCUGGCUCAGCAGGGACCACGAGAUUGUCACAACAGCAGCCCCUCUGUACAGAGCUUGGGCCUGUGACGGCCUUUUUCUGAGUGUGACCUCAUUGCGUCAAGCACACAGCAAGGGAGAUAGAGCCUUCUGUUCAAGGGGACAUGGAGGCUCGGAGAAGUGGAGUGACUGGCCCCCGAGGUCUCAGAGCUAGCGAGGAGAAGUGGUAGCUUUCAAAAACAAUUUUGAACUCGUUGUUAUCUAGAAUGGGAAAAAGCAAAGCAAACAGACAAACACAGUCAAGGGUGUAGGAAAUCCCUGGCCUUGAUGUCAAAACAUUAUUUUCUCCACGGGUCUGCACACCCUAUCCUUUGGGGGCUGUGAGCAGUAUCAUAUCAUCCUUUGACUCCGGAGUUCGUCUGCCUGGGUUCCAGAUUCAGCCCCCAACAUUUGCUACUGUGUGAUCCAAGAUGCCGGUCCUGAAGCAGCUGGGCCCCGCGCAGCCCAAGAAGCGGCCGGAGCGCGGCGCUCUGUCCAUCUCCGCGCCGCUCGGCGACUUCCGGCACACUCUGCACGUGGGGCGCGGCGGCGACGCCUUCGGAGACACUUCGUUCCUGAGCCGCCACGGCGGCGGGCCGCCCCCUGAGCCCCGGCCGCCGCCCGCGGGGGCCCCGCGCUCCGCGCAGCCGCCCGCCGUGCCGCAGCCCCCGCCGCCGGCCCUCCGCGCGCCAGCGCCCGCCGACCCGCUGCUGUCCUUCCACCUGGAUUUGGGCCCCUCCAUGCUGGACGCAGUGCUGGGCGUCAUGGACGCGGAACGCCCGGGCGCCGCCGCCGCCAAGCCCGACGUGGACCCCGGCCCCGGGGCGCAGCACCCUAGGGCCCGUUGCCUCCCCAACGCGGACCUCGAGCUGGACGACGUCAUCGGCCUGUAGGCACCCCCAUUCCCUGCGCCCUUACCGUCCAGCUCCCCACUUCUUUAUACAUAAACCGACAAGGUCUGUGCCCCGGGUUUUGUCUGUUUACUUUA